GCCCCAGGGGCGAGUUUCACGCUGUCGGCGACGGUGCGGAACGACGGCAACGGGGAGUCGGCGGCGACGACGCUGCGCUACUACCGGUCGGCGGACGGGACGAUCACGAGGUCGGACACGGAAGUGGGUACGGACGCGGUGUCAGGGCUUGCGGCUUCGGUGAGCGACAGCCGGACGGUGGACAUGGCCGCGCCCUCGGCGCCCGGGACGUACCACUACGGGGCGUGCGUGGACGCAGUGGCCGGAGAGUCCAAUACGGCCAACAACUGCUCCACCUCCGUGCAGGUGACGGUGCGGGAGCCGGACCAUCCGGAUCUGAUGGUGGUGUCGCCAACGGUGAGCGACAACCGCCCGGCUCCAGGGGCGAGUUUCACGCUGUCGGCGACGGUACCGAACGACGGCAACGGGGAAUCGGCGGCGACGACGCUGCGCUACUUCCGGUCGGCGGACGCCACGAUCACGAUGUCGGACACGUCGGUGGGGACGGAUGCGGUGUCAGGGCUUGCGGCUUCGGUGAGCGACAGCCGGACGGUGGACAUGGCCGCGCCCUCGGCGCCCGGGACGUAUUACUACGGGGCGUGUGUGGACGCGGUGGCGGGGGAGUCGAAUACGGCCAACAACUGCUCGACGGCCGUGCAGAUCAAGGUACUGUUGACGGCUAGGCAGAUACAGAGGUUCCCGGACCUGGUGGUGGGUACGCCAACGGCGAGCCCCGGC